AUGGCGGAAGGAGGUGGAAGGCAACCAAUCCGAAACAUUGCGCCUGGAGGAGGUGGAGUGGCGGAUUUGGCUCAACAAGCCUUGUUACGAGAAAUCCAACGCAUGAUCCGAGCCAAAAGUGAUCAAGGAUCAAACAUAAGUGACGGACGAAGAGGUCAAAGGAACCGAGGUAAUCGGAAUCAAAGACGCAUGGAUGACGACUUAAGGAACAUUAAACUAUCCAUUCCAUCCUUUCAAGGAAAAUCUGAUCCGGAAGCCUACUUGGAAUGGGAGAAGAAGAUCGAAUUGGUUUUUGAUUGCCAUAAUUAUUUCGAGAUCAAAAAGGUGAAGUUGGUGGCCAUAGAAUUCUCCGAUUACACUAUGAUUUGGUGGGAUCAACUCACUACAAGCCGAAGAAGGAAUGGGGAAAGGCCAAUAUCAACUUGGGCUGAGAUGAAGGCCGUGAUGCGACACCGAUUCAUUCCCUCCUAUUACCAUCGGGAACUCUAUCAAAAACUUCAAAAUCUUACUCAAGGCUCAAAGAGUGUUGAGGAUUAUUUUAAAGAGAUGGAGAUCGCGAUGAUCCGAGCCGAUGUCCAAGAAGAUCGUGAAGCAACGAUGGCGCGAUUCCUUGCUGGUCUCAAUCGAGACAUCGCCAACAUUGUGGAAUUGCAACAUUACAUCGAGAUUGUGGACAUGGUACAUAUGGCCAUUGAGGUACAGAAGCAACUUAAACGAAAAGGUACCACCCAAAGUUAUCCAACCCCAAGCACAACUAGAUGGGGGCAAAGCUCGAGUAAAACUAAUCCUCCUAGUCGUGCCAAGGAGCCAAUGGUGCCUGCUAAAGCAAACAAACCUAUGGGCGAUACGAGCAAAGGUAAGGCAACCGAUUCAUUUACUAAUCGUUCAAGGGAUACUAAGUGUUUUAAGUGCCUUGGAAGAGGCCAUAUUGCGAGUCAAUGUCCCAACCGUAACAUUAUGGUGGUUCGAGCAAAUGGAGAAAUAGAAUCGGAGGAAGAAGAGCUUGAAAAUGAGCCUGAAACCGUCUCUGACAAUGAAGAAGAAGUGGAGCACGCUCUUGAUGGAGAACUCCUAGUAUUCAAAAGGAGCCUAAGUAUCCAAAGCAUCGACGAUGAGCAACAACGAGAAAACAUCUUCCAUACUCGUUGUCAAGUACAAGGAAAGCUAUGUAGCGUCAUCAUCGAUGGAGGAAGUUGUACGAACGUGGCGAGUACUCUCAUGGUGGAAAAGUUGAAUCUACCGACCACCAAGCAUCCAAAUCCGUACAAACUUCAAUGGCUCAACGAUGGAGGAGAGUUAAAGGUGACAAAGCAAGUUUUAGUUUCAUUUUCUAUUAGAAAAUAUUCCGAUGAAGUGCUAUGCGAUGUUGUUUCAAUACACGCAGGUCACUUGUUAUUGGGCCGUCCAUGGCAAUUCGAUCGUCGAGAUUUCCAAGACAUUUUUCCGGAUGAAGUGCCAAGUGGGUUGCCACCACUUCGUGGGAUCGAGCACCAAAUCGAUUUUGUGCCUGGAGCCGUUAUUCCAAACCGACCGGCAUACUGAACCAAUCUCGAAGAGACCAAAGAGCUUCAACGUCAAGUUAACAAACUCAUGGAAAAGGGCUACAUUCGAGAAAGUCUUAGUCCAUGUGCCGUACCGGUUUUGUUGGUGCCUAAGAAGGACGGAACGUGGCGUUUCGUGGUUAGCUCGGAGGGCCACGAAGUAGAUAGCGAAAAGAUUAAAGCGAUUCAGGAAUGGCCGAGACCGACGAGCAUAAGCCAAGUGCGAAGUUUCCAUGGCUUGGCAAGCUUCUAUAGGCGUUUUGUGCCUAAUUUUAGCACGUUAGCCGCACCGUUGACAAGCACUAUCAAGAAGAAUUCGACUUUUCAUUGGGGCAAAGAGCAAGAAAAUUCUUUUAAUAUUAUUAAAGAUUGUCUUACUAAAGCUCCGUUGUUAACAUUGCCUGAUUUUUCUAAAACAUUUGAAAUUGAGUGUGAUGCCUCAGGUGUUGGAAUAGGUGCCGUGUUAACUCAAGACGGGAGGUCGAUCGCUUACUUUAGUGAAAAGUUGAAUGGUGCUGUGCUAAACUACCCCGUUUAUGACAAGGAGAUGUAUGCACUUAUCCGCGCUCUCGAGACUUGGCAACAUUAUUUGUGGCCGAAGGAGUUCGUGAUCCAUUCGGAUCAUGAAGCGUUAAAGCACAUUAAAGGACAACACAAAUUAAACAAACGCCAUGCUAAGUGGGUAGAGUAUUUGGAGUCAUUUUCCUAUGUCAUUAAAUAUAAAAAGGGUAAGGAAAAUAUCGUAGCUGACGCUCUUUCAAGAAGGUGCGAUGGCCUUCUUUUUAAAGAAGGAAAAUUAUGUGUGCCGCAAGGUUCGAUACGGGAGUUGUUAGUAAAUGACGCGCAUAGCGGAGGUCUUAUGGGCCAUUUCAGCGUUGGAAAAACCUUAGCAACCCUCCAAGAGCAUUUUUAUUGGCCGAAAAUGAAAUGGGACGUUGAACGAGUGUGUGCACGAUGUGUGACGUGCAAGAAGGCCAAAUCCAAGAUUAAGCCGCACGGGUUGUAUACGCCGCUCCCUAUUCCCGACGCACCUUGGGAGGACAUCUCCAUAGAUUUUGUCCUUGGAUUGCCUAGGACUAAAACUGGGAAGGACUCUACUUUUGUUGUUGUUGAUCGCUUCUCAAAAAUGUCUCAUUUUAUUUCUUGUUCAAAAACUGAUGAUGCCGUUCACAUUGCUAAUCUUUUCUUUAAGGAAAUUAUUCGUUUGCAUGGCAUCCCGAGGACGAUUGUUUCUGAUCGAGACGCAAAGUUUUUGAGUCACUUUUGGAGGUCAUUGUGGGGAAAGUUAGGAACUAAGUUGCUGUUUUCAACCACUUGCCACCCCCAAACGGAUAGCCAAACGGAAGUGGUCAACCGAGUGCUAUCAACUUUGUUACGAGCCAUCAUACGGAAAAAUCUCAAGUCGUGGGAGGAGUGUUUGCCGCAUAUAGAAUUUGCGUAUAAUCGAUCCGUUCACUCGGCAACCAAACACUCUCCUUUUGAAAUCGUUUAUGGGUUUAAUCCGUUAACUCCUUUAGAUUUAGUAUCUUUGCCUAACAUCAACGUUCACAUGAGAAAGGAACGUUUUCCAGCUCAACGUAGAUCAAAGUUACUACCGCGUGGUGACGGGCCUUUCCAAGUUUUGGAGCGAAUUAGCGAAAAUUCUUAUCGGCUUGAUCUGCCAAGUGAGUAUAAUAUAAGUGCGAGUUUUAAUGUGUCUGAUUUAUCCCCUUUUGAUGCAGAUUCCGAUUUGAGGGCAAAUCGCAUUGGUUCGUGCACUUCAAGUAUGGCAACAUUACUCGCUGCCUAA